UAUUGAGUGUUGUAUAUAUAUAUAUAUACAAACGUUAUAAUGCUGAUCUGUUCGAAAAUGCUUCAAGUUCUGUUGAUUAUUUGUUGCUGUAUAGCAAACUCUUUGUCCCAUAAUAUCGGUAUUAAAGUCGGUCCAAUACUCAAAACACACACAGCGCUCUCGUAUUUUGGUUUUAGUGCGACAGGAGUUGUUGGAAGCGGUAAAGAUAUAUGGGUGGCAGUCGGCAGUCCAAAAGCCAAUACUUCACGUAUGAACACUGGGUUUCCGUCGCCGGAGAGGAAUUUUGACAACAGCAGUACGGGCGCCUUAUAUAGAUGCCCGUAUACUAUGGACCCGUCAGAUUGCGAGGAUAUAACUGUUAUACACAAUCGUUUUCGUUCAUUUGAACCACGUGAUGGUUGGUAUGGUGUUACAGUUACUGGUGGAAGAUUACAAGAUAAGGAUGUCAUGGUUUGUAGCCAUCGGCCAAUUGUAAAACACUGUACAAUCACUGGUGAUUGCAAGGACGCAAUGCCUGGGGUUUGUUUCACUGUUGGGGGUCAUAUCAUUGAAGCAAUCCAAACCGUUAGUCAACGUCAAUUUGAAAAGCGUGGAUUGUUUUACACUGGUUCUCGAUUUGGGGAAACUGGUAUAGGUGCAGCAAUUAGUCAGGAUCAAGUAUUCUACUCAGGUGCUGUGGGUGAUUUUGCAUUUUCAGGUUCAAUUUCAAGUUUAAGUAGCGAGAAUUUAGACCCUUUUCGAGUUACAGAAGAGGAAUAUGCCUAUGGAGGUUACUCACUAGCAACUGGAUCAUUUUUUAAGCCUGGCAGUAAUGAUUUUGCUAUCGGUGCUCCAAGAUACAAGCUUAAUGGGGCAGUUUUUCUUAAAGAUUCCCUUAGCGAAGAUCCAAAGGUUUCUCUUCUUGGGGAACAGGACUUGGGAUAUGGCUCGUAUUUUGGAAUGGCAGUGUGUGCCGGAGAUUUUGAUGGAGAUAAAAUUUUUGAAGUCGUCGUCGGAGCUCCGUUCUUUACGGAUUCUAUUAACGUCCCGAGCAGUGGAAAAGUUUAUCUCUAUAGUAGCAAGAAUAACUUCACGUCUCCAGUAAAGACAUUUAGGGCGCCUGAGACCCAAGCUCGCGCAUUGUUCGGCCGGGCUGUUGCUGUCAUUGGUGAUUUAAAUCUUGAUGGAUUUAACGAUUUAGCAAUCGGUUCACCAUAUCAAGACGACUCUGGAGCCAUCUAUAUUUACCAUGGGUCAAGUGAAAGCCUAUCCACAUCACCUGUACAGACUAUAAAACCGUCAGAUUUCCCUAACAAUCUUAAGACGUUUGGAUGGUCAGUUCGUGGUGAAACAGAUCUCGAUACUAACGGUUACCCAGACAUUGUUGUUGGAGCGUAUGCCAGCGAUUCCGUCAUGGUUUUAAGAUCAGUGCCAGUGGUUGUCGUAGAUGUUCAGUAUAAGUUAUCUUCACCCACAAUUGAUGUAUCUAAUAAAAGUUGUUUUAUUGAUGAUCCGGUAUUAAACAAGAAAAUUUCAACUGUAUGCUUUGUGGUUGAAGUGGUCGCUUCGUACACGGAUAGAGCUGGAGAGAUGAAAAAACCGAUAAAUAUAUCGUUCAAUAUUGAUGCAGAUACAUUGGUUCCAGAUGUAGCAGACAAACGAGUUAGAUUUGAAUCCAGUCAAUCGCCUUAUUUGGAAAUAAAAAAUCACCGUGUGGAUGAGGGGCAAAUGACUCCUAUUGUUAGGGCUAAAGCAUAUUUAAGGGUCGAUCUUUGUCCUGAAUGUGAUGAUUUGAUCGAACCGUUCCCGGAUAUUCAACUUAAAGUAACUCCAGAACUACCAACUCGCCCGGAGCCGCCUACCCCUUCAACAUCUGGUACACCACCUUCGCUAGAACGUUACUUUCAACUACCGUAUGCCGAGAGUACUGCCGAGGCGAACUUCACUGAGACCACGAUCCAGGUUAAACGGGCUUGUUCUCCAUGUAAACCAGAUCUGUGGAUUAAAAAUAAUGGAACUACGAAAAUUCCCGUGCAAGCAAAAAAUGUACUCCUUAAAGUUAUGAUUGGCAACAAAUUGGACCAAGCUUAUGGAGUUACUUUUACAAUUGAUCUUCCUCCGCCCCUAAAAGCCCAACCUUGCGGGGAGGAAGAUAAGUGUUUGUAUUUUAAAUGUGAUAAGAAAAGGAAUGGUUCAUUGUUGAGCUGUGAUCUUUCUGCAUUCAAGACAAAUAGAGUUUCGGAAUACAAAAUAAAGGUCGAUACAAGUAAAGCUUCCAAUUCCCUUGAAACAUACACAGUGUUAAUGAAUGUUACAAGCAAAAACAAAGAGGAUGCGUCAUUAUUGGAAGAUAACCAUCUUCAGUUGGAACUUCAAGUUGCUUCAGAGGCCGAUAUCGAAAUGAGAGCGGAAGGUACACAAUCACGAUAUUAUGGCGGAUCUGUUAGGGGUCAAUUUUCUAUGACAAAUGAAGAUCAAAUUGGUUUGCAAGUUAAUCAUACAUUUUCUGUCUACAACAAUGGCCCGGAUCGUGUACCAGAAGUGAAUAUAACCAUUGAUUGGCCUUAUCAAGCGAAAAGUGGCAAACACUUACUGUAUCUUGUUAACAUCACGGGGAAAGAUAUUAAUAAUGGACGCGCGAAAUGUUUUCCAGCACCUAAUGUUGUGAAUCCACUCGCCUCUCAGUUUAAUAAAGAUGAUGAAAGCAGAGUGCGUCGUGAUGUUGAUGAUGAUAGUAAUACGGAUCCCGCAGCGUCUUCAACAGAAAAACAGACACCACCAAACAGAAAAGGAUCUGCUUCUAGAAUUAUUUUGGACUGUGCCAACGGAACAGCAAGGUGUGUUUCAAUACCUUGUACAGUAACAAAUAUUGGCAAGAGUCAAAAGGUUGAUAUUAAAUUUGUGUCAAGAAUAUGGAAUGGUACUUUGCUGGAGGAUUACACUGAUAGGGAUGUUAUUGUUGUCUCCCGGGGUCGUAUCGAUGAACUCACUAGUUACAUUGAAGACGCUAACGAAAAUAAUCACGAAAAAGAGACAAGCACAUCAUUCUUCCCAGCCUCACCCAAGACAACUAAGAAAGAUAUCGAAGUUUGGAUUAUUGCCGUAUCAGCUGUUGCCGGUGUUGUUCUUCUUGUUAUACUGGUAGUUGUAUUUAAGAUGUGUGGUUUCUUCAAUCGAUCUGGAGCACAAAGAUACGAUGCUGUACCAGAAAAUUAGGAUCAAUUUACAAAGAGAAUAUUGCAGUAUUGAAAAGUCGAGUUUUAUGAAUCCUUGAAAGAGGUAUUCCAAUUUCUUAGUGCUUGGAGUAUUACUUAGAAGGUCUCGAAUAUAUUUUUUUAGCGUGUUAAACUAGUGUUGAAAUUUAAGCAUUUCUUUAAUAAUGUAUUUUUAGUGAAAAUAGACGUAAUUGUUAGCAUUUUUAUACGAUUAGUAUAUAUGUAUUAUAUUUUACCCCCUAGUUAGUGUUGUUGACGAUGUAGUAUAUUGAAUAAAUUGUAUUGUAGUGUA